AUGGCGCAAACACCGUCACGCCGCGGCGGCGGCGGCGGCGGCAGCAGCAGCAGCAGCAGACCUGGAAGCGAUUCAGCGCCUCCAGCUCCAGCUGCUGAGCAACGGUUUCAGUUUAUCGCGGUGAGUGGGCGCGAGCCUCGACCCAGCGCCGAGACUCGCAGGCUCGUCCACAGCCAUGCACAGGCCAACUACCGGCGCCGGCAUCCUCAUCGGCCGCGCCAAACGACUUGGGAGGUCGAUGUGAGUGCCCUGGUGGAUGAGUCGGCACAGAAUAUUACGAAUACAUCGAACACGACCAGCCAGGCCGCCGUCGGCCCGGUCACUCUGCUGCCCGCGAACCGUUCAGACCCCUUUCAAUCGUUCGGGAUCGAGGCUGGUUCUCGGGCACAUCGCCUCUGGGACCAUGUGUACGACGGAACAUGUGCCAAGUUCCGCAUCCUCAUCGAGAUUGGAUUCAUCGAUCUUGUUCGAGAAACCAUUGCGGUCACACAGAUGUUGUCCGCGUCCGCAUGGCAUCUGGUCAAUUUUUGCCGGGCUGAGGACGACUCGGGGGAAGAAGCACAGUAUGCCCUGAUCACCACGCGGUCGCUGCAACAGAGAUUAAACAACCUGGCCACCGGCACGAGUGAUGAAGUGGUAACCACCGUUCUGGCUGCUGCUGCGUAUGCGAACUUGAUCAAAGAGCCCCGAAUCUUUCAGGUCCAUAUGGAUGGUCUUACCAAGAUCCUGCACCAUCGAGGCGGAGAACAAACCUUGGAUUCUACGCCCGGCCUUCGACUGGCGAUGUUCUUGAUAGAAACCAACGGGCGUCUUGGUCAGGAUGCCACGCCACAAUACCGCCCACCAUACCAUCUUCUGGCCACAAGAAGUAGACUCGACUUUCAUCAGACCGAUGUAAACCUGCUCUCGCAGUCAGAGACUUGUGAUAGCAUCGACCAAAGCGCAGCCGUCCAGCACAUCUGUCAACGGUUGAGGCAGCUGAACCAGAUCGUGGACGACGAGUGCACCAAGCGAGAGCUGUGGCACGAUAGCCCGUUCACACUCUUCCACGUCUCUCCACUUCUGCACGACUGCCUCUCCAUCAGCCGUGGAACGGUGCGUGACGGGCUCCAGCUACGUCAGCGGGAGUGCUUUCGACUCGCCAGUAUUCUGUACCUGUGUGGCAUUCGAGCCAAGUUUGACUUUGAACACGGAGCCGGGAUGCUUUAUGGAACCAAGUUGCAGCUGAUGGUGGGAACACCAGGCAUGCUUCCGCGAUGGGAGAGCAGCAAUGUGUUUCUCGUUUGGAUCCUCACUGUGGCUGCCUGCUCCGCCAUUCUGUUUGACGAGUUGCGUACCCAGUUCGUUUCCAUGCUUGCGGAGUGCAUUCACGCGGCGGGCAUUGGCAGCUUUGACGAGUACUCGAGCAUGAUCUAUGACUUCAUGUGGUGCAGUGGUGCUUUGGGACCGGCAUUGAGUUCGUUAGCAGGCAGAAUAAGAUUCUGA